AUGCAAUACCUCUCUCUUAUCUUGUGGCUGGGGAGCAACGAACCUUGGAACAAACAGGCUUGGGAACAAGCUGAGUGCAGAUUGCCGCGACAUACGCAGCGCCCGCAGCACACGGAGCACCUGAAGAAGCACAUGAAGAAGCACAUGAACCCCUACGAAGCUACCACAUGGGGGCAGGGAUAUGCAACAUCAGACUCCAACCGUUGGAGGCUGAAGCAGACGCGAGGAGGAAGAUGCCCUGCCCCAGCCACCACCAGCACCAGCACCAGCACCAGCACCAGCAGUAUCAGCAUGAUGCCCCGCAUCAGUAUUAUUUCCAGUGGUUACAUGAUCUACCCGUUGGAACAUAACGUCUCCAUAAGAGCUGCGAUAAAGAUUCUGCUCUAUUAUCCCGCCGCCUGGCCCAACCCCGAGACCUUCCACUCCUCCGAGCAAUCGAAAUCUCCGCCGGGCAACGACCUUUUGUGCAAAUACGCAAAGACGCAAACGACCGUCUCUGCCGGGUCGCGACAACACCCCAUCCACAACAGUAGACGCACCCAGUAA